AUGCAACUUGAAAUUUUCCUCAAACCUCUCUCGGCGCGGCUUCAAUCUGCCAGCGUGUUCGCCUCUCUCCAACGCCAGCAAUCCGCUACGGAGAUCCUCUCCCCAACACCAAGAAUCCACUACGGAAAUCCUCCUGCCAACCCCAGAAUCCACUACGGAAAUCCUCCCGCUGAACGCCCAAGAUCCACUACGGAGGUCCUCCCCCCAACACCAAGAAUCUACUACGGAAAUCCUCCCGCCCAAUUCUGGCAACUAUCAGUUCGAGACACUACAAUUAAAGAAUGCCUUCAUCAAAGCUUACGGUCCAGAAAACUUAGUCAAACACCAAGAAUCCACUGGCAGAAACUCCUCCCCACCAACGGCCAGAAUUCCGCUACAGAGAUCCUCCUCCCGUCCCAACGCCAGGAAUUCACUACGGAAACCCUCCCUCCCAGCGCCUGGAAUUCGCUACGGAAAUCCUCCCUCCCACGCCAGGAAUUCACUACGAUCCUCCCUCCCAACGCCAGGAAUUCACUACUAUCCUCCCUCCAACGCCAGGAAUUCACUACGAAAUCCUCCCAAACAGGCCUCCCCCCAACACCCUCCUUCACUCGCCAGGAAUUCACUAGGCAUCUUACCAACGCCAGGAAUUCACUACAGAGAUCCUCCCUCCCAACGCCAGGAAUUCACUACUAG